AUGGACAGCCGAGAAGACGGAGAGCUGGGAUUUGAUGUGAAUCAGAUGAUGAUGAAUCACCAGCAACAACAGCAACAACAACAGCAGCAGCAGCAGCAGCAGCAGCUAUACGGCGGCUACUCACAAGAUGUUCCUCAUAUCAGUGGCCUCGCGGGGUCGUUGUACGCCGAUGAUUCGAAUCUGAUGGCGGGAGAUGACGCCAAUGAUGCGAAGCGACGGAGAAUUGCACGAGCAUGCGACAUGUGUCGGAAGAAAAAAAUCAAGUGCGAUGGCAAGAUGCCCAAAUGCUCCCACUGUAUCAAUUACAAGACCGAGUGUAUCUUCACGCAAGUGGAGAAGAAACGAAACCCACCCAAAGGUGCGAAAUACAUCGAGGGUCUCGAAAACCGCCUGGGUCGCAUGGAAUCGCUUCUUCGGCUCUCCGGUCUCCUCUCCGAAGACGAUAAUGGAAAGACGGACUUGGGAACCCUCGAAAAACGACUGGCUGAUCGGACAAAUGCCCUCAACGCCGCCAAAAAUGCGCCGAGAAUGAGCGUCCCAAGUGCAACCCCGCAGCCACAGCCCACGUCUCGCUGUUCGACCCCUCGUGCGGAUUCACAUUCCAGUUCCCGCACCGCGACAACCUCUCCCAACUCACAAAAAGGAUCCGAGACCGAGGUGGAAGCACUGUCGGACAUGAUGUGUUCGCUGGUCACAAACAACUGCGGCGAGACCCGAUACAUAGGCUCCUCGUCUGGGUUUUCCAUCUUUUCACCCAAGGGUAUCCAAUGGGUUAAUGAGAAAACGGGCGAUACCUCAUUUCAAGAGAUGAUCGCCUCGGCAUAUGUGAACGACAACAAGUGGAUGUAUUGGAAGCCGGAGAUUUUCAGCGACAUCUUUGCCCGACGGGUGUUCAAGCCAUUGCCUCCAAAAGAAGAAGCGCUUUCGUUGUUCAAGGACUUUUUUGAGAAUUUCAAUUGCAUGUUCCCGCUCUUUCAUGAGGCAACCUUUAUGCACUUGGUGGAUCGCCAGUACUCGCGCGACCCGUACGAAGGCUCGGGUUGGUGGGCGAGUAUCAAUGUCGUUUUGGCCAUCUCCCACCGUCUCCGUGUGAUGAGCAAUCUUGUGCCUCACGAGGAGGAUAAAAAGGCGUGGCUCUACUUGAAAAAUGCCAUGGGAGUCUUGACGGAAUUGACCAUGCGAAACACGGAUCUUCUCAGCGUGCAAGCUCUCUUGGGAAUGAGUCUGUUUCUACAAGGUACCCCUAACGCACAGCCGGCGUUUUUCCUGGUUGCCGCCGCGAUUCGACUCUCUCACAGCAUCGGCUUGCACAAGCGCGGAUCGAGUUUCGGACUGAACCCGGUCGAGGUAGAACAGCGCAAGCGAGUCUUUUGGAUUGCAUAUUGUCUCGAUAAAGACAUCUGUCUCCGAUCGGGAAGACCGCCGGUGCAGGACGAUGACGAUAUGAAUGUCGAACUUCCCAGCGAGGAUCCUCCCGAUAACGUGGGCCACGUCCCGUUGGCCGAUGGGAAAGGCAAGUUUAACCUCUUUAGGGCUCUAUGUGAAUUCUCCGCAAUCGAGAGCCGGGUAUACAAAAGGCUGUAUUCGGCCAAAGCCUCAAAGCAAUCGGACGGGGAGUUGCUCAACACCAUUGGUGAGCUAGACAAGGAGCUGGAAGACUGGAAGGAGAGUAUCCCGAUCGAGUACCGACCCGAACACGAGAUUCAAGCGACCCAUGGGCCCCUUUUGAUCCACGUCGUCGUCCUCCACUUUGCCUAUUACAAUUGCUUGACAACGAUCCACCGUAUGUCUGUACAGCACGGCUACUGGACAAGUCGACUGUCAAAUUACGCCAUCCAAGGUUUGAACGCUCGACCCUUGAAUCCGAGAGUCUUCAUGUCCGCCGCCUUGUGCGUCACUGCUGCCCGGGCGUCGAUCAACCUGAUCAAAUACAUCCCUCGGGGGGACUUUGCCUGUGUUUGGUUGAUCCUCUACUACCCGGUAUCGGCCUCUGUGACACUAUUCGCCAACAUACUCCAAAAUCCAAACGAUGCGCGUGCUCGGUCGGACGUGAAGAUGAUGAAUGUUGUGGUCAAUUUCCUGUCCACGCUUGUCUCGGAGGAGUCAAAUGGUAGCAUCAAGCGCAUGCUGGGGCUGUGUGCGGAGUUUGAAAGAAUCGCCAAGGUUGUCUUGGAUAAGGCCGAGAAGGACUCCCACGCGCGUAAGAAGCGCAAAGCCACAUCACCAUAUGCCAAUGGCUCCGCGGAGACAAACGGGCAAGACACACGACAACCAAAAUCCGCAGAACGAGAUUCAGCGCCCCCCUAUCCCCCCUUUUCAUCCUCCUCCUUCGCGCGUCAGGCCCCUGCCGAGACAUCUCCGUUCGCAGACAAAUCUUUUGCGAACGAGGCCUCCGUGUCGGGGACUUUGGGUGUUCCCGAUGAUUACAACAACGGCGUUCCGAACAUGCCCAGUAUGUCACAAGAUUUCCAAGACAUGCUGAAUCCGGGUCAGAUGAAUGGAAUGGGAUUCCCUGAUCAAUCGUUCAGGCCUAUGAGCCCCAACACCGGACCUUUCCAGCAGCAGUUUGUUCCUCAAGACCUCUGGCAAAUGCCCAUGACGAUCGAGUGGGAUUGGGCAGACAUGUCGAUGAAUUUCCCGGGGUUUGAAGGGAGCGGAGCCGAUGCUAUGCCUCCACCGUGA